AUGUCGUUAUUGACCCCAAAUAUCAACACUACCAGUACUGCACCUUUCCAUUCUCUCCUUCUCCACCCUUUGUGCCUUGUCGUCUCCCUCCUUCGCUCGUUCGAGACUAUCUCGUUGUUUUUGUUUGAAGUGGGAUGCUUUCAUAUUACUGGGACUUCCCAAUCCUAGUACUUGUUGAGGGUCUGGUGUCUUUCAAUUCUUUUGCCGGCUCACGGACACUAAAAAGUGCCUCCAACAUGGGCUCAUAGCCUGGAGCCAAGUUCAACACCCUUAGCACAAGUACCCCAAGUUUGUGCCAGGCGAUCUGCAUGGUAACCAACCCAAGCGUCCCACGACCGUAUCUUCUCUCUACUUGCCCCAGCUGCUGUACUGGGUACUUUCCUCCGGGGAGGUCAUUUUCCCCAUGUAGGGUUCAAGGGUGGCUUGCAUAACAGAAGGUCUCACUCACACAUCGGGAUGUCCGUCUCUUCCUUGAUUUUUAUGACAUACAGACAUAAAAAUCUCCUCCUCGUAGACGCCAGAGAGCACUACCUUCCCUGAUGGCGGUCUAAGUCGACCCAGGGUUGAUAAAUGAGUUAUGGUCAUCAACGUUUGUACGGUACACCAUGGGUAGCUACCCCACUAACGCUCCCGAGUAGACCUUCGCUGCCGAAAGCUUGACCAACAAUCCCCCCACACUUUGUACCGGCGUCUAUCCUUCAAGCUUCAAGAUAUCUACGUACCGCUUGGUGCUCCUUCUCUUUUGGGUCAUUUGGUCGGUCAUUUGAGAAGAAGGUUCUUGAGUAUGUUAGGCCUGACAGUUUGUCUUGCAUUAUCCACCGCUCUCCUUGCGGACAAUUGAGGAUAGUGUCUGACCAGAUUCCCACCGCCCCAUGGGAUCCGGUAAUGUUUUACAGUUAUCUCACCACGAGUCCCCCACCUUCAUGUGCAUCGCACAGUUGACCAAAGGGAUUGCUGUGUCUAUAUUUAUGCUUCGUUUCCGUUUUCGUGUUGGUGUGUAAGGUGGCCAAUAACCUUCUACUCUUGCUUACUUUUGCGUUUUCAACUAUGAAAAGGAAAAAAAAAAUGGUAAGCGUCUGGAAAUGUAUUUCGUUGAAUCCAGUUACUUCAUAUCUGGCUUGUCAUGUUUGUGUUACUUUAUGGGAAAAUAAAAGGUCGGUUAGUUCAGCUCUUUCAUGUCUGGCUUGGCGGGUUUGUGUUACGGUAUGGGAAAAAUAAACAGUUGGUUAGUUCAGUUAUUUCAUGUCUGGCUCGUCAGGUUUGUGUUACGGUAUGGGAAAAAAAAAAGUCGGUUAGUUCAGUUUUACCAUGUCUAGCUUGUCAGGUUUAUGUUACGGUAUGGGAAAAUAAAAGGUCGGUUAGUUCAGCUCUUUCAUGUCUGGCUUGGCGGGUUUGUGUUACGGUAUGGGAAAAAUAAACAUCGGUUAGUUCAGUUUUACCAUGUUUAGCUUGUCAGGUUUAUUUUACGG